AUGGCCAUUGCAUUCGGUGCAAUGAUCCACGGAGGAUUGGCCGAGAUCACCGUCACUCCCGAUGCGGACAUGCCGCCGCCGACUCUAUACGACUUCGAUAACGACGGAGUCGCAGGAGGCCUCUAUCGCCCUGCAUUCAACAGCACCAAGGCCCGCAUUGCAGUCUACGUGAUGCACGCCGAGAGUGACUACAUGACAUUCUCCGCUUGUCGAGAGCUGCCACGCCGAGGAUUCACCGUCUUCUGCGCAAACAAUGCAGCCGACAAGACCGGUGUCAUGUCAAGCAUCUACUUUGAAGACGAACUCACUCAGGCCGACUACGGCAUGCAGUACCUGCGCAACCUGACGGAUAUCGACAAGGUCGUCCUCUUCGGCCACAGUGGCGGCGGCGGUCUAAUGACUGCAUUCCAAAAUGUUGCGGAGAACGGCAUCUCUGCAUGCCAAGGUCCAAACAAAUUAUACAACUGUACCAGCGCGGUGGCUGAUCUUCACCCCGCCGAUGGAAUUAUGCUGUUGGAUGCCAACUACGGGCUUGGAACGAUGCCGUUCCUUAGCUUGAACCCCGCUCUUGAGGGCCUGCAUGGCACGACGGUGAACGAGACGCUCAACUUGUUCAACCCGGUCAAUGGCUUCAUUAAGGGCAACAGCUCGCGAUACACGUCCAAGUUCAAGAAGGCGUACCAGGAGGGCGUUGUUGCUCGCAACGAUUUCAUCAUCAAGUAUGCGCAGGAACGUCUCGCUGCUUUGGAGGCUAACGAAACGGGCCUGAUUGAUGAUGAGCCGCUUUACGUCACCGAUUCCGCGUACGGCGUCAUGAACAACAAGUUCUUUGCGCAGGAUACUCGAUACCUCGCGCACACCUCAUUGCCCUGGCCCCUUCUUCAUAAGGACGGCUCGAUCACAACACAGGUCGUCAAGUCCGUACGCGUCCCGGUGAACUUUGAAAGUUACGCAAAUCAGUAUAUCCAGGGAGCUCUGAAGACUACUGUCCGGAGAUAUCUGUCUACUUUUGCUAUUCGCGCGACAUCUGAUUUUGAUAUCAUGCCUACAGGCUUCCACGGGAUCGACCACUCCUCGGCGCAGUUCUCACCCACGGAGUCAAUCAAGGGUGUUCGUGUUCCUUUGUUGAACAUGGGUAUGACGGGCCAUUGGGAAUACUUGAAUGCUGAGAAGAUCCAUUUGAAUGCCCCGGGUAAUGACACCGCAAUUGUCUUUGUUGAGGGAGCUGAGCACAAGAUUGGAACAUGCAAGGCGUGCGAAUCUUAUCCCGGCCAGUACGGGAACACGAUGAAGACUGCUUACAACUAUAUUGAGGAGUGGCUAACGAAGCCUGGGCGCUUCUUGGAUUAA